AACUAGAAGCCUAUUGCGUGACCCAACCCCCUCCAAGAUUAAACAUUGUAUUUAUUUUUUCUUGGGGGAGGGGGGCGGAGUCCUCAUCGCUAUUGUGGAUGGAAUUCCAGGCUGUUAAAUACUUAUUUAUUUUAUCCAGCUUUAUUUUAACUAAAAGGCGAAAAAAGCACGAAAGGUAGCAAAAUAAGUCAUAAAAGGUGAAAAAGAACAGCAAUGUUUGUUAAAAAGGUGGAAAAAUGUGAAGCUUGUUGAAAACGUACUCAAAAGAUGAUAUCAUAUUUUUGCAUUUGGUGAAAAAAAUUACAGCAAUUAAACAGGUGCAUGUUUUUUUGGGUGUGAAGUGACCAUUUUUAAUCUCAUCAAGAGGAUUGCUCAUAAAUAUAACAAUAGGUCAAGGUUUUUUUUUAAUGUUUUCAUAACAAAUAAGCAUGAAAAGUGCCAAAAACGAAAAAAAUGGGAUUUUCCCCCCAAAACUACGCUUUAGAUAAUUUGUCCCAAAUUUGUACGAAAAAGGUAAAAAACCUAGGUUUUCGUUCUUUUAAUUUUUUCUUAGAUCUAAUUAUUACCAAUAUUGCCUUGUUUUCUCUGCAGGCGUUCUGAAAUGAGUAAAUCCGCCGUCACUAUCUUCUUAGCAUUUUUUUUCUUGACAUUUUGGAUGUUGUUGAGACAAAUCCAUCAAAAUGCACCAAACCAAAAGCCUGAUCAACCAAUUAGUGAAUCCCGUGUUAAUUCCAGCAUAACUUUCCUGAGUGACGAUGCCGUCAUACAACGAACUUCAGAUUGUGCAAGUUAUUUCGAAUUUAUGAAUCACUUUUCCUCGAAGAAAUCUCGUUUCAGUGAAAAAAACACUUUUCCCUUGGCUUUUGCCAUCUCCGCCCACUUUCAAGUGGGCAUUUUAGAGCUGUUCUUGGCCACUUCAUUCGAUCCUCUGGAUUCAUAUUGUAUUCAUGUCGAUGCCAAGGCCGAUGAGAAAGUGACAAAGGCUGUGGAUCAGAUGGUGAAGUGCUAUCAAUGGAAACAUCCCAAGGCCACCAUUUUUACUGUGGAUGAUCCCAUCUCUGUGUUUUGGGGCCAUUUUUCUGUCUUAGAGGCGGAUCUAAAAUGCAUGCAACUCUUGCGGACGAGGAACACCCAUUGGAACCUGCUCAUCAAUCCGGCUGGAACAGAACUACCACUCAAACCAAUGCCCGAAAUCAGAAAAUACCUGGAGAAGUUCCCCAAUGGAAUUAUCGAUUCUUUUCCGCUUCCGGAGGGCAAUAAAGGCAGAUUUGUUGUCUCAAAAGAGAAUGAAAAUAACACGAAAACCGACCAAGUCAAGGAAUCACCCCCGGGAAACAUCGUCAUGAGGAAAGGCUCCAAGAAUGUGGCUUUGUCCAGAGAGUUGGUCGAUUUCUUCUUGGAUGAUCCUUCUUCGAAAGGCCUCCAAGAGUGGCUCCAAGACAAAUCUGUUCCCGACGAGCAUUUCUAUUCCACGAUCAUCACCUUGAUCAACAAUGGGACUCAGGACUUGAACUCGGAUUCAACUUAUGGAGGUUGCGUAAGGUUGUCUUGGUGGGGCGACAACAAUUGCAAAGGGGAAAAUGUCAGGGCAGUGUGCAAUUUUGGUCUGCAGGAUUUGCCAAGAUUAUAUCAAGAUGGCAAUUGUCUAUUUGCAAACAAGUUCAACCUGGACGUGGAUUCAAUUGCUCCUCUGUUCCAUGCUCUUUACUUAUUGAAUUCAUGAUCAAGUAUUGAACAUUGUUAUGUCCCUAAGGACACACCCAUAAUCCAAUAUACUCGGAGGGUUAUAUCUUCA